UACACGAGAGUUACUCCCCGUACAAUAAUGGCCGCCCCCAUGAAUGUAAACACAGACGAUGAACAGAACACAGAAAAUGAAGACAAUAACUUGUGUGAUUUUCUAUUUACAUUAUCAGAUUUGGCGGAGGAAACCAUGACACAGCUUCCAGUCGUGAUACGGAGAGAUGAAUGCAAAGCGUGCACGUGGACGACCAAUAAAAGUUUGUUGGUGUCCAUAUCUACCACCAAAACCCAUUGAUAUUAAAACAAACUUAUACAUUCUUCAACAUCCUUAUGAGUUAUCAAGAUGUCUACGAACAGCUCCGAUGUUAGUGAGAAGUUUACCACCUGAGAAAUGUCAUGUUAUACAGGGAAAGAAAUUUCCACGCUCAAGGCAUCCAGAUCUUUUGGAAAUUAUGGAAUCUCCUAAAACCAUUAUGUUAAGUCCGGGUCCUGAUGCAAUUGAUAUAGAAACAUUGCCAUUAACAGACAUUACGGAAUAUAAUCUUAUACUCAUAGAUGGUACAUGGGCUCAAGCUAAGGGUAUUUAUUAUCAAAAUCCAAUGUUAAAAAUACCACAGAAGGUCCAGAUAAAUUAUAGCAGUAAAAGUAAAUAUAUUAUCCGAACUCAACCCAAUGACAGUUCGUUAUCUACCCUUGAGUCAGCAGCAGUAGCUUUAUCUAUUUUAGAAAAUAAACCAGAUAUUAUAGAUAUUUUAACUAAACCACUAGUUGCAUUGUGUAAUUUUCAGCUCCAAUAUGGAGCCACGUCACAUCAAAGUAAGGAAUAUAGAAUGAAAAAUGGAUUAUGGACAAAAAAACUACCCAAAUCAUGGCUCAAAAAACAAGAAAAAGCAGAAAACUUAAAGACUAAUGAUGCUGUUUGAUGUUUGUGUUAUUUAGGUUUUAGAAAAUAAAUAACGUGCUGUUCAUGAACUUAAAGUAACUAUCUUAAAGCCCCAAAUGACAGGUUAAGACCAUGCACAAUAAAGAGUACUUUUAUUAAAAAAAAUUGUAGAUAUUCUUACCUAUAAGAUCUGAUUAAUUUUUACUCCUUUAAGAAUAAGAUUUUGUUUUCGAAAGAAAUUAUUCAACCCCAUAUAGGUGAUGGGUGGGUUAACUUAAAUGGCCAAUAUUUUGACAUUUUUCGCCUAAUUGAAUUGACGUGAUGGAUUUCAAUCAGAUUUGGUUGAUCAUCACCUCGAUUUUCAAUCGUUCUAUCGGCAUUCUCUAUGAGUGUCUGCCAUAUUAUUGUUUCACCCUUGUGCUGACACAUCACACAAAAAACCUUGUCGGCAACAAGGGGUAAUCCAAGACCCCAGACAUAAAUAGGUUUUUGUAUGCAUAAUUUUAUUCAAAUACGAUAAAACUAGAGCUUCAUAUGAAGACUGGAGAAUAAUCAAUCAACGUAAAAAAAUUAUUGAGGUAUUAACAGUGAAUUAUAAGGUAUUUUUGAAACCAUCAAAAUCUACAAAUAGCAUAAUUGUCAUUUUCAUGUAGAAUCUUUUGACGGGGUUGGUAGAGUACCUAGAUUUGCUUUCAGAUCUAGAUUACUAGAAUGACUAACACAAUAUUAUCAGUAAGGAAGAUCCCAAAUACAAAGCUUGCACUGAGCACAGAACAGAUUAGGCACUUGUAACCAGCAUAAUGAUUAAAAUAGAGGGGCGGGGGGUCCACAAGACGCUUUGUUUCCAAUAAUGUAAUACUUUUAGUUUCUUAUCAAAUGGUGAAUGUUGCCACUGCCUCACUUUUGUUCUAUUUGCAGCAUUAUAUAUAUACCUAACAUUAAGUAUCUGUCAAUGUAUAAAAUUCUCGCUAGACAAUUAUGAACCAGUUCCCCACAAACAUUAAGGAUAUGGUCGUGGGGUCCCGAAAUACCAGAUAUAACGGACAUUGUCUAAUCCAUUUAAUUUUUAAGCCCACCAAUAUUCUUUAUAGUUGAUUAUAGGCUUGUCAUGUGAAUAAUUGUCAAAAUCAUAAUUUAUAUAACAUUUGAAGCCAGAAAAAAACCCCAACAAAAGGCAGAUUUUUACUGGACCUUAUGAUCACCAUAUGUCAUGUAGUCUGUCAUGAGAAGUAAAACCAAUUAGCACCAGGGGUUAUUAUUAGGUUAUUGAAAAUAUAAUAUGCUUUUUAUUGAUAUCUGUUAAUGUAUUUAAUGUAAAUAAACGUAUAUAU